CACCCGGCCGCCCCGCUCCCGUGUCCACCGCAAACACAACCCAACCCAACACACACACGCCUAGCUCUAGCUUGAGAGAGAGGGAGAGGAUGGCGGGAGCGGUGAACGGCGUGGAGGCAGCGCAAGCUCAGGGCGGCGGCGCGGCGGCGGGGGAGGCGGCGAUCAGGCACCGGACGGUGGAGGCGAACGGCAUCGCGAUGCACGUGGCGGAGUCCGGGCCGGAGGACGGGCGGGCGGUGCUGUUCCUGCACGGCUUCCCGGAGCUGUGGUACUCGUGGCGGCACCAGAUGGCGCACCUCGCCGCGCGGGGCUACCGGUGCGUGGCGCCCGACCUGCGCGGCUACGGCGGCACGGAGGCGCCGGCCGACGUCGCGUCCUACACCGCCUUCCACGUCGUCGGCGACGCCGUCGCGCUGCUCGACGCCCUCGGCAUCGGCAAGGUGUUCGUGGUGGGGCACGACUGGGGCGCCAUCAUCGCCUGGUACCUCUGCCUCUUCCGCCCGGACCGGGUGACGGCGCUCGUCAACACCAGCGUCGCCUUCAUGCGCCACGUCUUCAUCCGCGCCGGCGCCGCCGCCGUCAAGACCACCGACUACUUCAACCAAGCCUACGGCCCGACCUACUACAUCUGCCGCUUCCAGGAGCCGGGGGUGGCGGAGAAGGAGUUCGCGCCGGCGCACGCGAGGCACCUGAUGACGCGGAUCCUGAGCGACCGCUUCAGCGAGCGCGCGGCGGGCAAGGAGCCCAAGGACGGCGGCGACGACGACGCCGAGGCGCUCCCGCCGUGGCUCACGGAGGCGGACAUCGACUACUUCGCCGCGGCGUUCGAGAAGACGGGCUUCACGGGCGCCAUCAACUACUACCGCAACAUGGACCGGAACUGGGAGCUGGCGGCGCCGUGGGCGGACGCCAAGGUGGCGGUGCCGACCAAGUUCAUCGUGGGGGACGGCGACCUGACGUACCACUACGCCGGGAUACAGGACUACCUGCACAAGGGCGGGCUCAAGGCGGACGUGCCGCUGCUGGAGGAGCUGGUCGUCGUCCCCGGCGCCGGCCACUUCAUCCAGCAGGAGCGGGCGCAGGAGGUCAGCGACCACAUCCAGGAUUUCAUCGCCAAGGAGGCCCUCGCACUAGCUGAGGACUUGGUCGUUCAUACAAUGCGAAUUGCAUUAGACUGUCUAAGAGUCAUAAACGACCUUAAGAACCCGGGCUAUCUGGCAACGCCCAAGUCCCAUUUCCCCACUCGGCACAAUCUCACCCGAGCUCAGCUCAGCAUCCCAAAGCGGCACUGCACGACACAACCGUCGAUUCGAAGCGACAGAGUCCAGCCGGUUCGUCCGACCAUGGCGGCGGCGGCGGCGGCGCCGGAGAUCAGGCACCGGCAGGUGGAGGCGAACGGCAUCACGAUGCACGUCGCGGAGGCCGGCCCGGCCUCCGCCGCGGCGCCCGCGGUGCUCUUCGUGCACGGCUUCCCGGAGCUCUGGUACUCGUGGCGCCACCAGAUGGGGCACCUGGCGGCCCGGGGCUACCGCUGCGUCGCCCCCGACCUCCGCGGCUACGGGGGAACCUCCGCGCCGCCCGACCCCGCCUCCUACACCGCCUUCCACGUCGUCGGGGACCUCGUCGCGCUCCUCGACGCCCUCCGUCUCCGCCAGGUGUUCGUGGUGGGGCACGACUGGGGCGCCAUCGUGUCGUGGAACCUCUGCCUGCUGCGGCCGGACCGGGUGCGCGCGCUCGUCAACCUCAGCGUCGCCUUCAUGCCCCGCCACCCCUCCGCAAAGCCCCUCGACUACUUCCGCCGCGCCUACGGGGACGACUACUACGUCUGCAAAUUCCAGGAACCUGGAUAUGAGGCACAAUUCGCUAGUCUUGACUUGAAGAGGUUCUUCAAAAUGGCGAUAACUGUUCAAACCACAGGUUCUUCUGCUAUGUCCCUCCAAAAAAUGCAGUCAAGCAACAAGCAAAUAACACUGCCUUCUUGGCUCUCCGAGGAGGAUGUCAGUUACCUAGCAAGUGUAUAUGCAAAAACUGGCUUUGCUGGUGGCCUUAAUUACUACCGCUGUCUAGACCUGAACUGGGAGCUGAUGGCGCCAUGGACCGGAGCGAAAGUGCAAGUGCCGACCAAGUUCAUCGUCGGGGACGGUGACCUGGCAUACCAUCACCCAGGAGUCAAAGGCUACAUACACAAGGGUGGGCUCAAGAGAGACGUGCCCAUGCUCGACGAGGUGGUGGUGAUCAAAGAUGCCGGACACUUCAUCCAGCAGGAGAGAGCACAGGAGAUCAGCGAACACAUCUAUGAAUACAUCAAGAAGUUCAGCACAGACCCCACACAUAAAUUAUCAAAAUUGUGAGGUCACUCGUUGAUGUACAAAAUUAAUAAAAAUACCUGUAUUUGAGUAUGCGGCCGUGAGAUAGUUGUACAACUUCAAAGCCUGUUGGUUCAUGCACUGAAAUGAGGUACUUGUAUGCA